UCUGCGCGCUGCGGGCUCUUUGCGUCUGCGUAGUUCGUCCAACUCCCUUUCUGCCUCCGCUGCCGCCAUGGCGCCCGUGAAAAAGCUUGUGGCGAAGGGGGGCAAAAAAAAGAAGCAGGUCCUGAAGUUUACCCUUGACUGCACCCACCCUGUAGAAGAUGGAAUCAUGGAUGCUGCCAAUUUUGAGCAGUUUCUUCAGGAGAGAAUCAAAGUGAAUGGAAAAGCUGGGAAUCUCGGUGGAGGGGUUGUGACCAUCGAGAGGAGCAAGAGCAAGAUUACUGUAACUUCUGAGGUGCCUUUUUCCAAAAGGUAUUUGAAAUAUCUCACCAAAAAAUAUUUGAAGAAGAAUAACCUACGUGAUUGGUUGCGCGUAGUUGCUAACAGCAAAGAGAGUUACGAAUUGCGUUACUUCCAGAUUAAUCAAGAUGAAGAAGAGGAGGAAGAUGAGGAUUAAAAUUCAUUUAUCUGGAUAUUUUGUAUGAGUUCUUAAAUAAAACAUGGGAACCAAAUUGGUGGUUAUCCUUGUAUCUCUGCAAUGUGGACUGAACAGAAAAUUAGAAAUCAUAGUAAAAGGGCUUCAUUUGGGCUGCCAUUCAUUUAUUUGUAAGUAGACUUUUUUUCUGCUGGAAAAUUUCAGUUCUCAUGGUAGCAAUACCGGAAUAGAAGGGUAUGGCUCUUUAAGGGAACUGCCGGCAAUUUGACACUGAGGAGGUGGGUAAGGAUGUGGAGCUGUGAGCUUCCGUUUGUCACUAUUUUACUUUAAAAAGUAUGACAGUUUUAUCUGGUGCUUUUCUCAAAGAUUCAGGAAUACAAACGUAGGGACUCAGUUCACGGAAAGCAAAACCAGUGACUUCCUUCUGGGGUUCUCUUGCAGGAAAAUGGCAGUGGUGAUAAAAACAGGGCUCUGGGGCAUUUGUCUUUUCAUUUUUGAUUACACAUUAUUCUUCAUGAACACAAUUAUUAUAUAUGUUAAUCCUUUUUCUUCCUAUAGAAGUAAAAUGUUGGUCCUUUGGU